GUUGAAAAGCGGGUCUCCCAAUGUUUCCCUAAUUAGCAUGAUCAGACAAUUCGGGGCUUCGGCCUCCCCAUUGGCCGUAUUUGAAAAGAUGAGGCCUCCAAAGAGCGGGAUGGGUCUGAUUUAAGAAAUGGGGAUAAAAUCUUUUUUUUUUAAAGUACCAGAUACUUCAUUCUAAGCGUGUGAAAGCGGACUAUGAUUGGAAAGGGAAAGUCACAUACAGUAAUAGAUUAAAGACUGAAGCUGGUGUGCAUGACCAGAACUCUUCUUCAAAAUGAGUGAGCCAGAACUGUUGUUGGAUUCCAAUAUUCGAUUAUGGGUGGUGCUUCCCAUAGUCUUCAUCACCUUCUUUGUGGGGAUGAUUCGUCACUAUGUAUCCAUCCUUCUCCAGAGUGAUAAAAAGCUUACUCAGGAACAAGUGUCUGACAGCCAAGUUCUCAUUCGGAGUAGAGUCCUCAGAGAAAAUGGAAAGUACAUUCCAAAGCAGUCAUUUCUGACACGGAAAUAUUAUUUCAAUAAUCCCGAUGAUGGGUUCUUUAAGAAAACUAAAAGAAAGGUAGUGCCUCCUUCCCCAAUGACAGAUCCUACCAUGCUGACAGAUAUGAUGAAGGGGAAUGUAACAAAUGUGUUACCUAUGAUUUUAAUUGGUGGUUGGAUCAAUAUGACCUUCUCAGGCUUUGUCACAACAAAAGUCCCUUUUCCUCUGACAUUGCGUUUUAAACCAAUGCUACAACAGGGUAUUGAAUUGCUUACUUUGGAUGCAUCUUGGGUAAGCUCAGCUUCUUGGUAUUUUCUCAAUGUCUUUGGACUUCGAAGCAUUUAUACCCUCAUUCUUGGCCAAGACAAUGCUGCUGAUCAGUCCAGAGUAAUGCAGGAGCAGAUGACAGGAGCAGCCAUGGCCAUGCCUGCAGAUACUAAUAAAGCAUUUAAGACAGAAUGGGAGGCUCUAGAACUGACUGACCAUCAGUGGGCACUGGAGGAUGUUGAGGAAGAACUCAUGGCUAAAGAUCUCCGCUUUGAAGGCAUGUUUAAGGAAGAAUUGCAGACAUCUAUGUUCUGAGGACCUUCCUUUGAUUGACAUUAAAUCAGUUAUGUUUAAUA